AUGGUCUCGUUCGAAAUGGCAUCGACCAGCAACGGGGCGCGGCUAGUGCCCAGGCACAAGGAGGUCCCCGGCUGCGUAUGGAAGCCAGGCAUGGUCGGCCCCGGCUGCCGACCCCCCGCCGCGCUGCGCAACGCCGCCAUGGAGGGCAAGGAUUCCUACUACGAUAUGGGCCGCUAUGCCGACACCACCACCUGGGUCCUCUUGGCGCUCAUCGCCAUCGCCAUCCUGCCCGGCCUCCUGCACCGGCUGCGGAUACGGCGUCCGACGCUCGCACGGCGCAUCGUGCGCCUGCCCCUGUACUCGCACAUCGCCGCCCUCUGCCGCUGGAUCGGCUACUACCACCCACGCUCCCCGCCGCCCGGCAACCGCCGCCCGCUCGUCUACCGCCUCCUCCGCGUCGACCGCCUCCCCGCCCUCGGUGCGACGCUCGUCCUGCUGGCCUUUUCCACGGGCCUCGUCGUCUGGUGCAUGGCUGUCAAGCCCUACUACCGUCCGGCCGAGGUGUGGGGUUCCACGCCGCUCGGCGUCCGCUCCGGCAUGAUCGCCCAGGGCAUCAUGCCCUUCAUGUUUAUCCUCGCCAUGAAGCUCAACCCCAUCACCUGGCUUACCGCCAUCAGCCACGAGCGCCUCCAGCUCUACCACCAGUGGCUCGCCCGCCUCGUCCUCCUCUUCUCCCUCAUCCACACGUUUGCCUUUCUCUGGCAGCCGCUGCACGACGGCGGCGCGGCCAACCUCAAGGCGUGGUUCAACUAUGAUAGGGUCUGGUGGACGGGCUCGGUGUGCAUCGCCCUCCUCGUCUGGAUCGUGGCCUCGUCGGUCGGCGCCUUCCGCAGCUUCUCGUACGAAUUUUUUGUCGUGCAGCACAUCCUCUCGGUCGUCGUCUUCCUUGGCUUCCUGUUCGCGCACACACGCGACCUGCUGCAGACAUGGCGCUGGCUCUGGCCCAUCGUGGCCGUGUGGGGCUUCUCGACACUGUGGCGCUGGAGCAACGCGAUGCGGCAGAGCUCGUUUGGCAGGACGAGGGCCAUGGUCGAGGUCGAGAUCGACGACGGCCACGAGGACGAGGAUGGAAAGGCCAGGACGACCGACGACGGCGCCAUCGUCCGCGUCGCGCUCAACGCGCCCGCCGCCUGGACGCCCGCUCAGCACUUCUUCAUCCGCUUCCCGACCCUCGGCGCCUCGCAGGCGCACCCCUUUACGAUUCUCUCGCUCGCCUCGCCGGACCCGCAGAAGGAGUCGCAGCUCGUCUUUGUUGCGCGCGUCCACCGCGGCCUCACGCGGCAUCUCUACCGGCACGUCAAGCUGACGGGGAGGCGCACCGACGGCGCCAGCACCGGCACAUCUCUUCGGUCCAACACAGUCGCCGCGAGCAAGACGGAGAAGCGCCACUACGACGAGUCCAAGAGCGCGCUCCUCGUCGAUCGCGGGGCCGACUCGGAGAUUGAGCUGUGCCAGCUGCCGUACUCGGACGAGGACGCGGCGUGCUGCACGCUGCGCACCGUCAGCCUCACGCUGCCCGCCGUCAUCGACGGGCCGUAUGGCAGCGGGUGCAGCAUGGCGUCGUACGACGCCGUCCUGCUCAUUGCCGGCGGCGUGGGCAUCACUUUUUGCCUCUCGAUCCUCAUGGACCUCGCCGUCCGCUCGGCCGCGCCCCGCUCGGCAGGAGGCAUCGUGACGAAAAAGGUGGCGCUGGUGUGGAGCAUCCCUUCGCUGUCCCUGAUACCCUGGUUCACGCCGUACCUCCUCUCGUCGCUCACGACGCUGCGAUCAAACGGGAUCGACGUCGAGCUGCGUCUGCACCUCUCGCGACCGUCAGCCGGGACGGACACGUGCAUACCCGACGAGUGGGGCACGCAUCCGGGACGCCCCGACAUUCCCGCCCUGAUCGCCCGCUUCGCCGACCGCUCCAGCCUCGUCGACGACGCUGAGGCCAGCAGGCAUGACGGCGACGACGGCGAGGGCGAGGGCGAGGGCGUCGAGACGAUGAGCGUGUGCGUGUGCGGACCCGGCGGCAUGGCGGCCGAUACGGCGCACUGCGUCUCGGCGCUCCAGCGUUCGCACGUCCUGAGUGCAGCGUCCGGGCUGAGAGAAGUGUACCUGCACAACGAAUCGUUCCACUGGUAG